AUGUCUUCGAGUAGCAAGCCCUACUUCAACAUCAGUACCAUUGGUCAAAACGGCCAUGGUAAGACGACCCUGGCGGCCGCCAUCACCAAGACGCUGGCCACCAAGUCCAAGACACAUGGGGAGAUUAACACGCGCCGGAGAAGAAAGUCCACGGUAGACUUCCCGGGGCACGCUGACUACAUCAAGAACGUGCUCGGCGGCGCAGUGCAGAUGGACGGCGCCAUCCUGGUCGUGUCGGCAACGGAGGGCCCGAUGCCGCAGACACGCGAGCAGGUUCGACUGGCACGGCAAGCUGGCGUGGCACGCAUCGUCGUAUUUCUGAACAAGUGCGACAUGGUUAAUGACCAGCAGCUCGGCCAGGUGGAGACGAAAGUGCGCGAGCUGCUGCGCACGUACGACUUCCCGGGCAAUGACGUGCCGAUUAUCAGGGGCUCGGCGCAGCAGGCGCUGAAUGGAGUCGGGGGCGAGCUGGGCGAGCGCGCGAUCAUACGUCUAGGGGAGGCGUUGGACGCGUACAUCCCGGAGCCAGAGGGAGCGCUGUCUGAUCCGUUCUGGAUGCCGGUUGAAGAGACUUUCCCACAUUCUAGUCGUGGCAUGGUGGCCACGGGCCGUGUGGAGCGCGGCGUGAUCCGAGUCGGCGACCAAGUAGAGGUCGUGGGCGUCGGCACUACGACCGGGACAGUGUGUAUGGGCGUUGAGAUGUUCCGCAGGCCGGUAGACAUGGCGGAGGUAGGGGAGAACGUGGGUGUCCUGCUACGUGGCAUCAAGCGUGAGGACGUGGAGCGCGGUUGCGUGCUGGCCACGCCGGGCACGGCCAGGUGGUGCGCGGAUUUCAAAGCGGAAGUGUACGUGCUGAACAUGGAUGAGGGUGGCCGCGCUACACCGUUCCCCAACCACUACCAACCGCAGUUCUACUUCCGUAGGAUAGAUCUGAAAGGUUCUAUCUCGUUUCCGAGGAGUAGGGAAACGGUGAAGCCCGGUGAUAACCUGUCCAUCACGGCCAACCUGGCCGUGCCGAUUGCGAUGAGAAAAGGCCAGAACUUCAUCAUCCAUGAGGGUGGUAAGGUCCUUGGCUUCGGCAUUGUUACGUCUAUAAUCGAGUAA